CGUGUUAACCCGUCGAGUUCUCAGACUCCAAGACCGAUUCUCGUAGUAUGAUUGUGAGUGUGAAAAGUUAGUGUGAGAAAUUGUCAUGUAUCGUAGCUACCAUUCACACAGAAGCAAGAAGGUUAUAGCUGAUGGCAUUAUGACACCCAGACACUCAAAACGCGUGGCAAGAACUGUACCAAAGACAGUUGCAUUCAUUGAUCUCACAGACAGUCCUUCAAAAAUCAAUAAUUUUCCUACGACGUUUCGGAAUAAUGCUUCAUCUGAAGAAAAUGUGACUGAUGUGAAAAAGUGCUGUCUCCACCACAGUGAGUCCCAGACUGACAAAACAAAGCAGGGUGAAGAGAAGAAUAGCUUGGACGAUAGUGCAUGCCCAAUCUGCCUGGAGAAUUUGGAAUUCUUUUCACCAUCUCAAGGUCGUCAAGUAAUGUCAACACUUUGUGGCCAUCUGUUUUGUCAGAACUGUAUUACAAGUGUUCUAAAGAGCUCAAAGGAAUGUCCAACUUGCUGUCGGCGCUUGAAAUUGAGUGAUAUCCAUCCUAUUUUUAUACCAUAAAGAUUUAUAUGGAGAGGGGGGGGGGGGGAGGGAGAGAGAGAGAGAGAGAGAGAGAGAGAGAGAGAGAGAGAGAGAGAGAGAGAGAGAGAGUAUGAGUAUGAGUGAGUGAGUGUACGUGCAUCAUGCGCAGUGCCCUCACUAAAUGUGGGUAAACUCUUCACAACUGUCACUCGGCAGAGUAAACCUAUGUAGCAAAAUGAAGUAUGUAGUAAUAAAUGUAUAUGUGCGUUUUUUAAGUUGUUACUUGGAUGACUACAGGUUACUGUAAUAAAACUUUUUAAAAUUUUGAUAUUCAUGUCUGAAAAUAUUGUGUAAAUUUCACAGUUUAUAAAGAUGCUGCUUGCUGGUUGUUUGGUAGUGUACUGGGCACUCACUAUAUUUGUUUAUUUUUAAUCUACUGUGUUGUAACAUUUUCAGCUUCAUAGCCAUAAUGUAACUGCCUGCUGCUAUUCCUUUCAUUUAUCAUUUGUUGGGUUGUGAUAUGUCACUCUUACAUAAAUAAACUGCAAUUCCCAUAAGUUAGAGUAUGAAUUGUCACUUCCCAUUCAUCUGUUGUACAGUACCUUAUUUUAUUUUUCUCUUGUGCUGCUCUUUCUUGUUCAAUAACAUGUUAUGUAACAUGUUCCAAAUUAUAUUAUUAUAUGUAUUAUAGUCUUUUCAAGAGUUUGUUGCUAUCCUCUUAUCUUUUUUCCUCCUGUCAACUUGCGCUACUCUUUAUCUCUGGUGCACCAACUGUUAAUAAUGUUUUCUAAAAUCUUUUGUUUGGCCUGCUCAUACACUACUGAGGAAUGGUUCAGGAGUUUAAUCUCAAUGUGUUUAAAUCUUUAUUGUAUAUACCUUCAUAUUAGUGAGAGCUGCUAAUUGCAGAAUCAGCAUCCCGCUGUAAUGAGUGAGAUGUCGAGCUCAUAGAGUUUUGGUGUAAAGUUUUCUAGAAAAUAAAAAAAGAAAGCAUUGUAGUACAAAAGUGUGUGUUGAAGUGAUGUGAGAUUUGAAUUAUUAUUUACUGCUUUGUAUUACUAGUUAUCUAACCUCUACCCUGUGUUACUGAAGUAAUCCUUCACUACAUAAAAUGUAUCGGUUAAUGAGAACCGUUUUAACCAUAAUUUGAAAUAAGCUUGUUUUCGUACUCUCUUAAAGAACAAAAUAAAUCUGUGAUACUGAA